AUGUACUCGGCAGAGGAGACAGCUGAGGAGACAGGCAAGGAGGCAUGCAAGGAGACACGUAAGGAGACAGGCAAGGAGACAGCUGGGGAGACAGGUAAGGGGACAGGCGAGGAGACAGGUGAGAAGGAGGCAAGUGAGGAGACAGGUGAGAAGGAGACAGGAGAGACAGCUGUGGAGACAGCUGAGGAGACAGGUAAGGAGACAGCUGAGGAGACAGCUGAAGAGACAGGUAAGGAGACAGCUAAGGAGACAGGCAAGGGGAGAAAUAAGGAGACAGGUAAGGAGACAGCUGAGAAGGAGACAGAAGAGGAGACAGGCAAGGAGACAGUUGAGGAGACAGCUCCUCGCACAGACUCUGGUUCUCCGCCAGCUGCAGACAACAGACAGCAGCAGCAGCAGCAGCAGCAGCAGCAGCAGCAGCAGCAGAGGAGACAGAAGAGACAGAAGAUAAGAGGAAGUAUAGACAGAAGAAACAGAGAGGAGACAGAAGAAAAAGAAGAGACAGAACAACAGAGACACCCCUCGAGGCAACAGCAGCAACAGCAGCAGCAGCAGCAGCAGCAGCAACAACAACAACAAUAG